CAACGGUUUACGUUAGUCACUGCGAUGAGGGACAAGACUGCAGUUUUCGGGAUACUUUUUAUCUGAGUGUGUCUUUUACAGACUGACACUCCGUGUUGGAGGAUGGACCCUGUAGUGCUGAGCUACCAGGACAGCCUGUUGCGGCGCUCUGACGUGUCCCUGCUGGAGGGACCUUACUGGCUCAACGACCAAGUCAUUGGUUUCGCCUUCGAGUACUUUGCUGCUGAGCGCUUCAGAGUCCUGGGGGACACCAUCACCUUCAUCAGCCCAGAGGUCACCCAGUUCAUCAAGUGUGCUUCCUGUCCCGAUGAGUUGGCCCUGUUCUUGGAGCCGCUGGAUCUUGCCUCUCGUCACUGGGUCUUCCUAGCCGUUAACGACAACUCCAACCAGACAGCAGGGGGAUCCCACUGGAGCCUUCUGGUCUACCACCACAACUCCAACCACUUUGCACACUAUGACUCUCAAAACGGCAGCAACUCGCUGCACGCGCGGCGCAUUGCCAGCAAGUUAGAGCCUUUCUUGGGCGCAGGGAGAAAAGCGCUGUUCGUGGAGGAGCCCUGCCCGUCGCAGCAGAACAGCUAUGACUGCGGCAUGUAUGUUAUCUGUAUCGCUGAGGCCUUGUGUGAGAAGGCCAGGGCGGAGGGCUCCCCACGCCUUCCUGUGCAAAUCAUCACCCCAGCCUACAUCACCCAGAAGAGGGCUGAAUGGUGCAGACUGAUCCAGAGUCUAGCUCAGAACGACCUCUGCUGCUCGCUGUCUUUUCCUUAGCACGUUGAUUGCCCCUCACUAUAUGCAGAACAGCUGUCAGCCUCUACAUAUCUACUGCUGGAGCAUCUGAAUGCACUCCUUGAAUACAGUAUAUAACUCUAUAUGACCUUUAUUUCUAUUACAGUCUCUAUCAUACUCCAUAACACAAAAAAAAGCUUAAAAAAAAAAUAAACGCAGUGUUACGAAUGAUUCAUGAAACAUUUGGUGUCAUGUUUAUGCCUUGUAUAUGCACAGCAACAUACAAUAUGUAAACCUGAACACCAGCAUGCCUAUAAAGGAAUUUACUCUCAUGUACAUAUUUAGUGAGGAUGGAGGAUAUGUCAUGUCAAAGAGGAGGCACAGACGUUUCUUUUCUCCAUUGUAUGAGUUUGGGGCGAAUGUAGAAAUGUUUACACAGAUUAUUGCUCAGGGUCAUUUUGAAUGAACUAGAAUUGACGCUAAGAAUGUGAAUCUUAACUUUGGCUCCUACUUUAUGUCACAUAUUCAUUCUGUUUCUCACGCCGAAAAAAGGCGUUGCGUCAACAACUACGAACUUUUGAAACGUUUUAAAGAAAAUCGCUGUAUGAGGGUACGACAUGCAAUGUGGGCUGUGACUGUUCAUGGGGCAAAGGGCAAUGUGGAGCGGUGGAAUGUACGAUAUGUUCUCACGGAAAGCAAGUAUCAAACUCGGUGUCUGUUGAGCUAAUAAAUUUUAUUGUUGUCACAUUUUUGUUGACAAAAUGGUAAA